AUGCAUACUGUCCCACCGUUGAAGGAUAAAUCCCUGUUUAUCGAGAAAUGUUACGUCAAUGGCGAAUGGAUUGGGGCCCAGUCUGGAGAGACCUUUGAAGUGCAUGAUCCAUCUACAGGGAAACUCAUUGGAACAUGCCCAGAGUUCUCGGUCCAAGAUACCCAGAACGCUAUCAAUGCCGCCGCUGCAGCUUUCCCAUCCUUCCGAAAAACCUUAGCUCGUGAGAGGGCUCGAAUGCUGCGAAGAUGGUACCAGCUGAUGAUGGACAACGCAGACGAUAUAUCUACAUUAAUCACCUGGGAGAAUGGGAAACCUUUCGCGGACGCCAAGGGGGAGACCGCCUACGCUGCCAACUUUUUCGAAUGGUUCAGUGAAGAAGCCCCACGCAUAUGUGGUGAUACUAUUCCAUCAUCCAUUCCCGGCAAUAGAGUAAUGACUAUAAAGGAACCCGUUGGUGUUUGCGGGUUUAUCACGCCCUGGAACUUCCCUGCAGCUAUGGUUACUAGAAAAAUCGGCCCCGCUCUUGCAGCAGGAUGCACCGUUAUAGCCAAAUCCCCCGCUGAGACGCCAUUUACUGCCAAUGCGAUUACGGAAUUGGCGCGUCGCGCGGGAAUCCCCAAGGGAGUAGUCAAUAUUGUUACCGCCCAUAAAAACACACCUGAGCUCGGCCUCUGCCUCACCACACAUCCCGAUAUCCGCAAAGUUUCAUUUACUGGAUCCACCAGCGUCGGCAAACUCCUCAUGAAGCAAUCUUCGUCAACCCUCAAGAAACUGUCGUUGGAACUAGGGGGAAACGCUCCGUUCAUCGUCUUCGAGGAUUGCCCGGACCUCGACGCAGCCGUCGCUGGAGCUAUCGCCUCAAAAUUCCGCAGCUCUGGCCAAACCUGCGUCUGUGCCAAUCGCAUAUACGUGCAAAAUGGUAUCUACGACGAGUUUGCUGCCAAGUUUGCCGAGAAAGUUAAAGGGUUCAAACUCGGACACGGAUUUUCUGAAAGUGUUACCCACGGUCCCGUCAUCCACUCUCGCGCCAUAGACAAGGUGUCAGAGCAUGUCACUGACGCUAUAUCUCUUGGAGCAACUGCUGUUGUAGGUGGUCAGAAGGCGCCGCAUCUCGGCUCGAAUUUCUUCCACCCAACAGUUCUUACUGGCAUGACGAAAGAUAUGAAGCUGGCUUCUGAGGAAACAUUCGGGCCUGUAGCGGGUCUUUUCGCCUUUGAGACCGAGAGAGAGGUGGUCGACCUUGCAAAUAAGGCUGAAGUGGGUUUGGCUGGAUACUUUUACAGCAAGGAUGUGGCACGGAUUUUUCGUAUCGCGGAGGCUCUAGAGGUUGGAAUGGUUGGAGUCAACACGGGUAUUAUCAGUGAUACCGCUGCUCCAUUCGGUGGCAUCAAGCAAAGUGGAUUUGGCCGCGAAGGCAGCAAGUACGGCGUAGACGAAUUCCUUACUAUCAAGACCGUGACUUUCGGCGGCGUUGGAGGACCCCUCCAGGGGUGA